AUGUCCUUUUUCUGGUCGCUGAAGAAUUUUGAUGCUUAUCGUAAGCCGAUGGACGAUUUCCGGAUAAAAACAUUGUCUGGUGGCUUGGGUAAGUGCUAAACAUUGCAAAUUUUUCUUAAAAAUAAAUAGAUUUUCAGUAACACUGAUAGCGACAAUCGUGAUCGGGCUGUUGAUUUUGCUCGAGACUAGGCAAUAUUUCAAUGUUCAAACACUUGAACACUUAUAUGUUGAUUCAACAACUUCUGAUGAACAUGUCGAUAUCGCAUUUGACAUCACUUUUCACAAACUGCCUUGUAAUUGUGAGCUUUUUUAAAAAAUUUUUCAAACGUUGAAUUGUGAAAAAAGAAUAUUCUAUUUCAGUUAUUACGGUGGAUGUGAUGGAUAUAAGUAGUGAAGCUCAGGACAACAUCAACGAUGAUAUUUAUCGCCUCCGAUUGGAUGAACAUGGUAGAAAUAUUUCAGAAACUGCACAAAAAAUCGGUGAGUACUAUAAUUUUCUUUAUUUUAUGGAUUGUGAGAACAACAUAUUGUUUCAAAAACUAAUUGAUUUUUUUCUAUAGAAGUGAAUCAAAACAAAACAUCAUCGCCGUCAGAAACACCAACUGAAGUAAAAUGUGGAAGUUGUUAUGGAGCAGCAGGAGAUGGAGUGUGAGUUUUUUAUGUAGGGAGUUUUAGGAAAUGGCUCUGAAAUUAAAAUUUUGAGAAGAGAGUUCUUGAAAUUGAAUGAACAAUCAAGCUGACAUUGGAAAACAUUGAAAUUUUCUAGAAGUUCUUUUGAAAAAAUUUUAUUUUUCAGAUGCUGUAAUACUUGUGAAGAUGUCAAAAAUGCAUAUGCAACCAAAGGAUGGCAAGUGAACAUCGAAGAAGUUGAACAAUGUAAAGUGAGUUUUUGAAUAUAUUUUUGAGAGGUACUGAAACUUUGAAUUUUGUUUAAAUUUGAAUCACGUUUAUCAAAUUAUUCCAUCCAGUAAUCAACAAUUCAAAGCAGACGAAUGAAGAUUACUGAUAAUUCUGAAAUGUGAUGUUCAUUAGAAGCUGAAUCCCAGAAAAUAGCGGCUACAGACUAGACUUCAUUCAGGGUCAAGUUUAUCAGUAAAAUCUAGAAUUUUUAGACACCGUGUCUGAUGUGAAUUUUAUUGGAAUAUACAAUUUAGACUUGAAAUUGAACUAUAAAAUAAAUAUUGAUUCAUUCCACAAAAUGAAUUAGUGUUUCCAUCAAAAAUAAUUGUUCCAGAACGACAAAUGGGUAAAAGAAUUCAACGAGCACAAAAAUGAAGGAUGCCGUGUUUAUGGAAAAGUUCAAGUAGCCAAAGUUGCUGGAAACUUCCAUCUUGCUCCAGGAGAUCCACAUCAAGCAAUGCGAUCUCAUGGUAAGUUAUUUCCAUUCAAUCCUGAACUUUUUUCAAAAUAACCGAAUUCUCUUCAGUUCACGAUCUUCACAAUCUUGACCCCAUCAAAUUCGACGCUUCCCACACUGUAAACCAUGUUGCAUUUGGCCAAUGGUAUCCAGGAAAACAAUAUCCCUUGGAUGGGAAAGAAUCGAAAGCAGAUAAAGGAGGCAUUAUGUAUCAAUACUAUGUCAAGGUUGUGCCGACAAGAUAUGUAUAUAUUGAUGGAAAAUCAGAGCAAAGUCAUCAGUUCUCAAUUACAACGCACAGAAAAGAUUUGAGUUUGCGUAAGUAUUUGAUUUAUCUAUUUUCCACUUCGGGAAUGAAAAUAAAGUUGAUUCAAGUAUAAAUAUUUCAAAAAAUUUAGGUCAAAGUGGACUUCCUGGAUUUUUUCUUGCAGUAUGAAUUCAGUCCGCUGAUGGUUCAUUACGAGGAGCAUAGAGCGUAUGUUUAUAAGUUUUCUUCUAUAAACAAAUAUAUGAUUUACCUUAUAUUGCAGAACACUAGCAACAUUUUUGGUAUCAUUAUGUGCAAUUAUUGGGGGAGUUUUUGCAAUGGCUCAAUUAGUUGAUUUGACCAUUUAUCAUUCUUCAAAGUACAUCAAACAACGAAUCGCUGGGAACAAAUUAACAUAA